AUGUCGACGGACGUGACGAACAUUGAAGAGUCGUUCAACGUGCCCAAGAUCAUCCCGGAGUACGAGAACGAAGUGCGUCAUCCGUUCUUCGACCCAUAUCGAGCUGAGAUAGCGGGCUUUUCGAGGAAAGCAAUGGCCAUCGCGUCCAAGAUCUUCACUCUGUUCUCCAUCAUCCUCGAACUGCCGCCGUCGUACUUUGCGGAUCGCCACGAGUACGACUCCCCCUCGGAAGACCACCUUCGGUACAUGACGUACCACCCGCGCUCGGCGGCGGACGACGCCAAGGUCCAAAACACCUGGUCCCGCGCGCACACGGACUUCGGAAGCCUCACGCUGCUGUGGAACCAGAACGUCGCGGGCCUCCAGAUCAAGACGGCCGCCACGGGCCAGUGGAAGUACGUCCCGCCCGUGCCCGGCGCCGGCGCCGGCGGCGACGACGACAAUGCCGGGACGGCCAUCAUCUGCAACGUAGGCGACACCCUCUCGUUCUGGUCCGCGGGGUACCUGAAGAGCACGACGCACCGGGUCGUCCGUCCGCCCGAGGACCAGACCGGGGCCGACAGGCUGGGGCUGUUUUAUUUCGUGAGGCCCGGCGACGACGUCGACAUCAAGCCCGUCGCGAGCCCGUUGUUGAAGAGGCUCGGCCUCGUGUCGACGUCGGACAAGCCGGGAGGAGGAGAAGGUGACAGACCGAAGAUCACGGGUAGGCAGUACGUGCGUGAACGCGUCAAGAAUUAUCAUAACCACGGCGACUAUGCCGAUAUGAAAGGGAAGAAGUUCCAGAUUGGUGGUUUGGAAAUCGAGGAUGAAGCGGCUUGA